AUGAUUCUAUUGAUAUUAAUUGUUGUAAUUAGUAAAGGAUUGGAAAUUGAACAAUACAAUGAACAAGGAAAUAAAGAUGAUAAUAAACGUGAAGAUAACAUGAUUGAUUCAACAAGAACUAAACAACAUAAAUACGAGAAUAACUAUAACAAUGAUGAAAAUACACAACAUCAAACAUAUAAUCGGUUGACUAAUACCAUUCAAAAUAUUUAUAUUAAUAUACAUUUGAUAGCUGAAGCACCAUCAGAAUCAGUACCACAAGCUCUAAAAGAAGGUGCAGAAACAGUAUCACAAGGAACUACAACAACUGUACAACAAGAACAAGGAAGUAGAGUAACAACACAUGGAGAUGCAACAGGAACUUUAUCUCAACUAGGUUCAGCAUCAGCAGGUGUAUCAUCAACAUCACAACCACAAGUACCAUCAGGACAAGGAGAUGGAGUGUCAUCAACAGGAGUAUCAUCACAGUCAGGUGGAUCAACACAAGCAGAACAAACAACACAUUCAAUUGAAACAUCAUCACAAACAAAACCAUCAGGAGCGUCAACAACGAGCUCAGAAGGAGGUGCAACAAAAGGAGGUGCAGAAGCAAUAACAACUGUACCAGCAGACACAGCACAACAGUCAACACCAACGACAUCAACAACAGGAAGUACAUCAUCAACAACACAAUCAAAACCAUCAACACCAAUAACUCCACCACAAAGUAGUUCAGCAGUAGGAAUUACCGAAACAACAACACACCUGGGAGAUACACCAUCACCAGUAACAACACA